CCUGAAACCCGAUUCCCACUCUCUUUUCGUGUUAUGUUUUUUAGUCAAUCUCUCCACCCACUCACUGUCUCCAAAAUAAGUCCAAACUCAAGCACAGAAUAGAAAAAAAAUAAAAAAUGGAAUCAGACUGAACUCAAAACCUAAUUUCACUUUGUAAUCUCCGCUUUUCAAGAUUCAUUCUAGCUUCUUCUGAAAAUGGCAUCAUCAGUUUCAAGUUUUUGUUCAUCAUCAUCGACAUUCAAAUCUGAGAAACUUAUUCAAAAGAGAAUUACUUCAAUUUCAUCAUCAAUUCAGUCGUUAAAAAAAGAUCUGAGCAUUUCAUAUCUUCCACUUCGUUCUAAUCUCACAAGUUGUAGUAACAAUCGUUUCGUUACACGGUCAAUUGCAAGAGAAGUUCCUCACGAAGUGAUUCCAGUAGAGAAAAAAGGAUUAGAAAAAGAUUCGUUAUUAUUAUGGAGAAGAUAUGUUGACUGGAUGUAUCAACAUAAAGAAUUAGGGUUGUUUAUUGAUGUAAGUCGUGUUGGAUUUACUGAUGAAUUUGUUGAAGAAAUGGAAGCUAAAUUUCAAGAUGCGUUUAAAAAAAUGGAAGAACUAGAGAAAGGAGCUAUUGCUAAUCCUGAUGAAGGAAGAAUGGUUGGUCAUUAUUGGCUUCGUAACCCCGCGCUUUCUCCUAAACCCAUUCUUAGGUCGCAGAUUGAGAACAGUCUCGAUGCUAUUUGUACCUUUGCCGACGGUAUCAUUACCGGAAAGAUUACGCCACCAUCAGCACCUCGUUUUACUCAAAUUCUUUCGGUUGGUAUUGGAGGCUCAGCUCUUGGACCACAAUUUGUUUCAGAGGCAUUGGCUCCUGAUAUUCCUCCUUUGACGAUAAGAUUCAUUGACAAUACUGAUCCUGCGGGUAUUGAUCAUCAAAUUGCGCAGCUGGGGUCAGAAUUGGCUUCCACACUAGUUAUAGUGAUCUCAAAGAGUGGUGGUACCCCUGAAACUCGUAAUGGCCUGUUGGAAGUACAAAAGGCAUUCCGUGAAGUUGGAUUGGACUUCUCAAAACAGGGAGUUGCUAUUACCCAAGAAAAUUCUUUAUUGGAUAAUACAGCAAGAAUUGAGGGGUGGGUAGCAAGAUUUCCCAUGUUUGAUUGGGUGGGGGGUAGGACCUCUGAAAUGUCUGCGGUUGGCCUACUUCCAGCAGCAUUGCAGGGAAUUGACAUCAGAGAGAUGCUUGAUGGUGCAUCGCUGAUGGACGAGGCAAACAGGACUACUGUGCUGAAGGAUAACCCCGCAGCUCUGCUGGCUUUAUGUUGGUAUUGGGCUUCUGGUGGAGUUGGAGCCAAGGAUAUGGUCGUUCUUCCAUACAAGGAUAGCCUGUUACUUUUUAGUAGGUAUUUGCAGCAGUUGGUCAUGGAAUCACUUGGAAAGGAGUUCGACCUUGAUGGUAAUCGGGUGAAUCAAGGGCUUACAGUCUAUGGAAAUAAAGGGAGCACAGAUCAACAUGCCUAUAUUCAACAACUAAGAGACGGGGUACAUAACUUUUUUGUUACCUUCAUCGAAGUUUUACGUGACAGACCUCCUGGUCAUGAUUGGGAGCUUGAACCUGGUGUGACAUCUGGUGACUACCUUUUCGGAAUGUUACAGGGAACUAGGUCGGCGCUUUAUUCCAAUGACCGGGAGUCAAUUACAGUCACAGUAGAAGAAGUGACUCCCAGAUCUGUUGGGGCCCUAAUAGCACUUUAUGAGCGAGCGGUUGGGAUCUAUGCAUCGAUUGUGAACAUCAAUGCCUACCACCAGCCUGGAGUUGAAGCUGGAAAAAAGGCUGCAGGGGAAGUAUUAGCUCUUCAAAAGAGGGUUUUGGCUGUACUAAAUGAGGCUAGCUGCAAAGAGCCUGUUGAGCCUUUGACACUUGAUGAAAUAGCGGACCGCUGCCACGCUCCGGAACAGAUUGAAAUGAUUUACAAGAUUAUUGCGCAUAUGGCUGCUAAUGAUAGAGCACUCAUUGCUGACGGCAGUUGUGGCUCUCCUCGCAGCGUCAAAGUUUUCCUUGGGGAGUGUAAUGUGGAUGAUAUUUUUGAUUAAGAAUUCAUCUAAGAAUUUAGUUUUUUAUUCUGAUCUUAAGAUUUGUAUUUAAAUUUCCUGGACCAACUACUAUACUCUGAUGAGUUCAGGCUUGAGUUUGCAUCAUUUGCCUGAUUAUUUCGUAGUUUGUACAUCAAUACUGAACACUCUUGGAUGCUUUGUGCCAGAAAUAAUGAAGUCAAGUUUGGGCUUCUACCUAUAUUAGUUUGGCUGAAAAAUAAAUAUUUUCGAGA